AUGGGCGGCGAUUACGACGAAAUCCUUUCCGAAGACAAGGAUUACGAUAUGGAAGACCAGAUGAAGCUCUUUGACGGGAAUGUGCAUCCAUCUGAAUACUGGCUGCGCGAGCUAGAGAGCUUCAACGAGGAUUCCUUCGCCUGUCAAGACUACAGUCUGGGGACGACGGUGCUCCUCGAUGCCGUCGAGGGACAAUGGCACCAAUUUUGCGCUGUCAUCAAGCGCGACGUCCAACAGUGUUACGCGACCAUCUCGACCAGCAUCAUGCACACCUUCUUCGAUUGGUUACUCAACCAAAAGGUCGGCAAGGACGGCAGGAGGAAACGUGGAAUCAAGAAGAAAAGUUCGCUGGGAACAUACUGGAAGGUCUUUCGGCUCGUCUACGAGAGAGCCGUGGGCGACAAGCUUGAUCCAAAGCUGAACCGCAGCAUGCACAGGGAAGGUAACUCUCCCGGACCUAAGCCAGUCCUACAACUGACCAGCCCAGGUUCUGCGACGCUUAUCGAAGAGGCACACACAACAAAGAAGUCCUUCAAGCUUGGGGAACUGCGCAUCCUCGCCGUACUCUUUCUCCUCCUGCUUGCCCCUGCUGGUUCUCGGCCAACGGCGACGCUCAACCUACGAUUCAAGGACAUUCGGGUCGCUUUGGCAAGGGACCCAGAGGGCGGGCCACACAAGCUUCUUCUUCGGCUCACUCCUGAAUUCACCAAAACCUACCUCGGCGAAAAGGAACAGAAAACAUACACGAUCCCCCAAACCAUGUUUGAUCCGUCCUUGCUCUUAAGCCCCCACGUCUUUCUCCUGGGCAUCAUUUUCCGUCACCGAGCUUUCCGUGCACCAAGUCUUACCUCGCCGCAUCACCUUCAAAGCCUUGACAUACAUCCUGGCGAGAAAGAGCUUCCCUUGCCGUUGAGGGAGGACCUCAACCAGACCUUCAUUUUUCGUCGAGCUGUCGAGACUUUGACGGGUUAUCAGAUGUCCCGUAAUCAACGCAUAUCUUAUGGCAUGAUGGCAGCCUGGGUCAAGAGAAUCGGCGAAAUUAUGGGGCUCAAGGACCCUACGAUAGCCUACAAUCUGCGCUACAACGCUGCCAAUGCAUUUGACCAAAGUGUCGACGUCAGCGAGGCUCUGAGAAAUUUGGCCAUGGGACACGGCAAUUCCGACCCUUUCCAGAGGCACUAUCUUGGGCGCAACAUCUCUGCUGGUCUCUGGGGUAUCGUCCGUGGACAGAAGCCACAGCAAGCACUUCUCAAGCAGUCUUGCAGCAUUGGCCACUCCAUCUCGCAGCGUCGUCCAAUCGAUCUGACGGCAGGGCAGUCUGCCUCUGUUGCGACGCAUUCAACCAUAAGAGCACUUACGGAAGCUAUUCCGAAACUGCCUCUGGGCUCCAAAGAAUACAAAGAAGCCAAACGGAUGAUGCGCAAAGAAAAGGAGAGACUCAGGAGAGAUCUGAAACAGCAAAUCAGGGACGAAUGGACUGACCAGCAAGCCACAGACGACAUCGAGCGCCAAAUUCGCGGCGUUGGGUUUGCCAAACCGGCAACAAUGGAUCCCUGUCACCCUCAGAGACCAGCACAAAAGCGAUUGCUCGCCAAGCUCACAGCCCCAGUUGUCACGACACUGGAAGGGCAGUACCGUCGAAGAGACGAUGCCAUCGAAGCGGUGUCUGCGUACUGUCUUGUUCAAGAAGGAUGUACGGUGCGCCGGUCCCAGCAUAGGCCAGCAGAGGGCCCACUUCCUUCUUCGUCAGGCUGCCCACGAGAAAGCACCCCUUUAUACGAAGCUACACUGUCCGUAUUUGUUGCUGACAAGGAAGAGCGGCCAAGACGAUGCUUCGUGUGUAUUGGUCAAGCCUUGUGUCUGCCUACGGAUGAUGAACAGCGGUUGAACGAACUUAUGCACGAGUUCUACACCUCUAAUGACUUGACCAAACACUUCAAACGAAAGCACCUUGACAAAAUCGCAGGCUGCGAUCAGGUAGACUGCAAGGUUUGCGACAUGACUCUCAACAACAAGAUGCAUUUUCAGCGUCAUGCCCGCGACAUUCACGGGACCGUAUCAUGA